AUGAAGGACAGGGAAGGGCCAUGGCGUGGCGACUGGUCACCGAAAAGAACUGCUGCGCAUUCCCGCACGGGAACGAUUUUGCCUCUGAACGAAGAGAGAGAAUUUAGCGUCUCGCAAUUGGCUAUGCAAACAUUCGUUUCGUUGCUGUGUCUGUAUGUUCGCCAUCAUUGGAUGGAGGAUUACAAGUACCUGUUCAAAGUGGUACUUGUCGGAAAUGCGGGAGUUGGAAAAACAUGUCUAGUCAGAAAAUUCACACAGGGUAUAUUUCCUCCUGGCCAAAGUGCAACCAUCGGAGUUGAUUUCAUGAUAAAAACUGUAAAAGUAGGGAACGAUAAAAUAAAAAAGUGCACAUGCCAUCGUGUUAGUCUACGACGUUUCAUGUCAGCCUUCGUUCGACUGUCUUCCAGAGUGGCUGGGAGAAAUCGAAAGUUAUGCGAACCGGCGAGUUUUAAAAAUUCUUGUUGGUAUGUGGCAAUGCAAAUUUUGAUCCGAUUGAUUUUCUCUGUGUCUGCAGGAAACAAAGUUGACAAAGGAGAUGAGAGAGAAGUUCCCGAACGCAUCGGAAGAGACUUUUCCGACGUUAAUCACUUCGACUACUUCCUUGAAACGUCUGCUCUCGAUGCGACGAAUGUGGAUCAGUUGUUCGAGCAAGUUGCCACACGACUAACGAAUGAUAUGAAAAUCACGGAUGAGCGAGUACAUCAAUACCGGGCAGAUGCAACGAACUCAUCGUCAAACCAAGGUGGCCCUAUAAAACUGAUCGAUCGUGCCCAGACUCAGUUGAACUCUUGUUGCAGUCGACAAUGA